GCACCACGGCGGUAUUCAGCAGCGUCCACCAGCGUCCAGCGGCAUCUAUCAGCAUUCACCAGACUCCAUCAGUGUACAGCCGUGCCAAGCAGCGUCCACCAGCAUCUACCAGUGCCUGGCAGCGUCCACCAGCGUCAAUCAGCUUCUAUCAGCGUCCAGCAGCAUCUAACUUUGUCCACCACCAUCCACCAGCAUCUGACAGUGUCCACCAAAAUCAGUCAGCAUCUGUCAGUGGCAACCAGCGUCUGUCAGUGUCCAGCAGUGUCCAUCAUGCACCAAAAACACCAACACCACCAGCAGCCACAGCAGAAAGAACACUUGUAUAAAAUCCUGGUAAUUGGUGACCUUGGGGUGGGAAAGAGCAGCAUCAUCAAACGCUAUGUCCACCACAACUUCUCCCCGAACUACAGAGCCACGAUUGGAGUGGACUUUGCCCUCAAGGUGCUAAACCUGGAGCAGGAGACCAUCCGACUCCAGCUGUGGGACAUUGCAGGUCAGGAACGUUUCGGGAACAUGACCCGCGUAUAUUACCGCGAGGCCAUGGGUGCCUUCAUCGUGUUUGACGUGACGCGUCCGUCCACUUUUGAGGCGGUGACGAAGUGGAAGGAGGACUUGGACGCUAAGCUCAGCCAGUCCAGCGGGAAGCAGGUGGCCGCCGUGCUCCUCGCCAACAAGUGUGACCAGGGCAGGGAUGUUCUCACCAAUAACGCCAUCAAGAUGGAACAGUUCUGCCAGGAGAACGGGUUCCUCGGUUGGUUCGAAACAUCUGCAAAGGAGAACAUUAAUAUAGAUGAAGCUGCUAACUGUUUGGUGAAACACAUCCUUGCUAAUGAGAAUGAUCUGAUUCACACUGAGAUUCAGGACAUCGUUUCACCCAAACUGGAAUCAGGACGAGGGUCUUCAUGCUCCGGCUGCUUCAGGUCCUAGAGACCCCCAAAAG